AUGAACACAGUAGAAGAUGCAAAAGUCUCAGAGGCUCAUGUUGAGCCAGUCGAGUCUCAUAAGCAGAUGUUGAACAGCAUCGACAAUGAUCCCGUCUACUCUUAUCGCGAGCAGCGCAAGAUCAUUCGUCGUAUUGAUGCUCGUUUGAUCGUGAUGCUUGGUUUUCUCCACACUGUCUCCCUCAUUGACCGUGGGAAUCUGGGCACUGCAUCUGUGGCUGGCAUGGACAAGGAGCUUCGUCUCAAGGGAACGCAAUAUAGCACGAUUGCAGUGUCGUUCUUCCCUCCUUAUAUCUGCCUACAAAUAUUUGGCCCCAUUCUAGUUCGCAAGAUCGGUCCGACCCGUUAUCUCUCGGGCGUUUGUUUUCUGUGGGGAGCUGUUAUGUUAUCUGCUGGAUUUGUCAAGAAAUGGACCGAGAUGGUUGGAAUUCGUGUGAUCAUUGGCGCCCUUGAGGCUGGCUUUUUCCCUGCUUCGGUAUACUUGAUCUCCACUUGGUACACACGAUACGAUAUCCAGAAGCGGUAUGCUAUUUUCUACCUUCUUGGAUGUGUGGCCUCGGCUUUCACUGGUAUCUUGUCUUACGGCAUUACUUUUAUGAAUGGUCUGGGAGGCCUCACGGCGUGGCGAUGGAUCUAUGUCAUUCAAGGUCUCUUGACUUGUGUCGUAGCCACCAUUGGCUACUUUGUCCUUAUAGAUUUCCCCGACCGUAUGAAAGACAACAAACAGAAGUUCCUCUCUGAAGGUGAAUACGAGUUCAUCAUCCGACGUAUCACCAAGGAUCGAGCCGACGUGACAGUCGAACCCUUCAACCUGAAGAAAUAUCUUAGCGCUGGGUUAGACAUCAAUAUUUGGGCAUUCGGCUUUAUCUAUUAUUCUACAACCACAACCGCCUACGCCAUAUCAUAUUUCCUGCCCAUAAUUUAUCGUCAAGGCAUGGGAUUCUCCAUGGGCGCUUCCUUGUGUUUGUUUGCGCCUCCAUAUGCUGCUGCUGGAAUUCUCAUGUACGCCACUUCUUGGAUCGGCGAUCGAUAUCACAUCCGUGGUCCGAUCUUGAUAUUCAACGCGAUGCUUACCAUAAUUGGUCUGCCAUUGAUGGGAUUCACAAAAGGCAAUGGAACUCGCCUGUUGGGCGCCUUUUUAACCACGAUGGGCGCCAACUCCAAUGUCCCCGCGGCAAUGGCAUACCAGGCAAACAACAUUCGAGGCCAAUGGAAAAGAGCCAUUUGCAGUGCCAUUUUCGUCGGAUUAGGUGCAUCGGGCGGCAUGACCGGUUCUCUAGUAUACCGAUCGCAAGAUGCGCCGACCUACCACCCUGGCAUUCUGACCUGCGUAGGACUGUCAUGUCUGAUUAUUGUUUUGGUUGUCCUUUUGUCAAUUCGCUUCUACUUUUUGAACAGAAAGGUGGCUCGUGGGGAGAUUGUCAUUGCCAAUCUUCCAGGUUUCCGGUACACUUACUAA